AUGUCUGAACUUACCUGGCAAAUCAUCAGAAAGAACAGCUGCUUCCUCAGAUACCAAAGAGGUAUCCAGAAGCCUUUCUCUGUUGAGAAGUUCAACCUUCUCGGUAAGAACAGCCCACGCUUCAACGGUUUGAUCAACAAGAAGGGUUUGGAUAUCUCUGCCGCUGAGGACGGUAAGGGAGUCGUUGUAUCCACCAAGAAAUCUGGAAAGGCCAACCAACCAGCCAAGAGCGUCAAGACUCAAGUUUUCAAGAACCCCAUGAAGACCACCAAGUCUAUUGGAAAUCUUGCCUCCAACUUGGGACUCGGAAGUCAAGCUAAGCUGGCCCAGAGAGUUGCCUCUGCCAUCAUUCGCUCCCAACGGCCUAAGUCGAAGAAGCAUGUUAAGAAGACCGAGGCUUAA